AUGAGAAUACUGCUUGGCAUACUGUAUUUGGUUACAGCCAAUUUUGCAAAGGAAUGUUUGGUACAGCUUGAAGACACUAGAACCUAUAAAUGCGUUUGGAAUUUUGACAAAAAGCGUUUCAAAACUAUUGAUUCUGAAUUGCAUGUUGCUCCAACAAAAACUCAAAUCAAAUUGAUUGAGAGAAGCCCACAAAUUCUAAAAUGCAAUGACUCCCAAGCAAACGAUGCGCAAGUAAAACUCAAGUGGAUCGUGAGAAGCCGACAAAUUCUACGAGGCAAAGAAGUGAAACAGGCUAGCCUGUCAGCAAAAUUUGCUUUUUAUCCACUGGAUGGAAAGAGCUACAUUCCAUUUGAAAACGAGCAGCCAGAUGUGCAAAUUACGGUCCGUGAACCGUCUUCGUUUAUUGUUUUCAACCAGCAAUUUUAUCCACAUGACACCCACCUCCACAUUGAUUGUGUCUCCAUUUCGAUACCUCCAGCAGAUGUUACAUUCGAGCGGAAGAAUAGAGAAAGUGGCGAUUUCGAGGAGAUUGAUCGGGAAUUAUUGAUGAGUGUUGAAGGAACUUUUGAGAGAGGAUUUAUUUGGAACACGACCCUAGAUGACGAUACAGAACUCAGAUGUACGAGCACCCGGAAUGGAAAUAAGUACACUGCCAUCAAAUCCAUCAUUGUCGCCGACGAAGCUUUCACAGUCUUCUCUGCCAUCGAGAAGAGCGACAAAGCUACAUCAUUGGAACUUCCAAAUGUAAUCUACGAGGGAGACAAUGUGAAAUUAACCUGUGUCGUACCAAAUGGAGCAGCUGAUUGGAAUGUGUCUUGGAGAUUCAAAAACAACGAUUUGGAAUCGUCGGAUACAGAAGUUAAAGGACAUUCAAAGCUUGUGGUGCUCGAUUUGAAAGACAUCACACCAAGCUCCAGUGGAAAAUACCAAUGUGUUGUCAAGAAGGGCGAAUCCGAAGAGUUCCAAGAAAUCGUGCUUAAAGUGGAAAGCAUUUCCAAACCAUAUCACACGGACGCUGAAUCUCGUUCAACGGUUACUGUCAACUACGACGAAACGUUUGUUAUCGAUUGUGGAAUGACUGGAAAUCCACUUCCGGAUGUAAAAUGGUUCAAAGAUGGACAUCCAUAUACUAGUGGUGAUAUGGAAGGGAGUAUUCUCAAAGUGAGCAGAGCUCGUGCUGAGGAUGAUGGACAAUUCCAGUGUUUAGCUGUGAACCGUGCUGGACUCACCAGCAAUUUCAUCGAGGUUCAAGUCGACAACGUCCCUGAACGAUCUUCAUUCUUCUACUGGUUCUUAACAAUCCUCGUCCUCGCUGCCAUCAUUCUAAUUUGUUAUCUUUUCUACAAACUCCGAGCCAACAAGAAGAUCACUAAACAGAAAGACAUACAACUAAACAUGUUAUACCUCAUGAAGCAGAACGAUCCGGGACCACUGCCUGAGAAUCUGAAACUGCUUCCCAUUGAAGAACGCGCCGACUAUCUUCGGUAUCCCGAAGAAUUUGAAAUUGCCAGAGAAAAUUUGGAAAUUUGUGAGAAAAUCGGCUCUGGAAUGUUUGGAUUUGUCAAUAAGGGAUAUUUGUCAAUGGCAGAUCCUAAAAGUCAAAUCGAGUACAAAACACGUCUUCCAGUUGCUAUUAAAAGUACAAAAAAAUCAUUUGACAUGGAGCUUCAGACAAUGUUGUUCGAAGAGUUGAAAAUCAUGUGUGCCAUUGAGAAACAUCCCAAUGUAAUUUCUCUUAUCGGUGCUGUCACGACUAACAUGAGAAAAGGAGAGUUCUAUCUUGUCACCGAAUACGCUGAUAAUGGGGAUCUUCUGAACUACUUGCGAAAACACAGAGAGACAUUUCACAAUACGCUAAUUGAUAUGGAAGAACCCGUAGUCAAUGAAAACUAUUCGGUACCAUCUCAGCAAAUCGAAUAUACCCGUCUUCUCCCUUCUAGUGAUAUUCUGUCCACAGCGGAUCUUCUAUCUUUUGCACUUCAAAUUGCAAAUGGAAUGGAGUUUUUGGCGGCUGUACCGUGUGUCCAUCGAGAUUUAGCUGCACGAAAUGCAAACGAUGCGCAAGUAAAACUCAAGUGGAUCGUGAGAAGCCGACAAAUUCUACGAGGCAAAGAAGUGAAACAGGCUAGCCUGUCAGCAAAAUUUGCUUUUUAUCCACUGGAUGGAAAGAGCUACAUUCCAUUUGAAAACGAGCAGCCAGAUGUGCAAAUUACGGUCCGUGAACCGUCUUCGUUUAUUGUUUUCAACCAGCAAUUUUAUCCACCUGACACCCACCUCCACAUUGAUUGUGUCUCCAUUUCGAUACCUCCAGCAGAUGUUACAUUCGAGCGGAAGAAUAGAGAAAGUGGCGAUUUCGAGGAGAUUGAUCGGGAAUUAUUGAUGAGUGUUGAAGGAACUUUUGAGAGAGGAUUUAUUUGGAACACGACCCUAGAUGACGAUACAGAACUCAGAUGUACGAGCACCCGGAAUGGAAAUAAGUACACUGCCAUCAAAUCCAUCAUUGUCGCCGACGAAGCUUUCACAGUCUUCUCUGCCAUCGAGAAGAGCGACAAAGCUACAUCAUUGGACUUCCAAAUAGACAUCACACCAAGCUCCAGUGGAAAAUACCAAUGUGUUGUCAAGAAGGGCGAAUCCGAAGAGUUCCAAGAAAUCGUGCUUAAAGUGGAAAGCAUUUCCAAACCAUAUCACACGGACGCUGAAUCUCGUUCAACGGUUACUGUCAACUACGACGAAACGUUUGUUAUCGAUUGUGGAAUGACUGGAAAUCCACUUCCGGAUGUAAAAUGGUUCAAAGAUGGACAUCCAUAUACUAGUGGUGAUAUGGAAGGGAGUAUUCUCAAAGUGAGCAGAGCUCGUGCUGAGGAUGAUGGACAAUUCCAGUGUUUAGCUGUGAACCGUGCUGGACUCACCAGCAAUUUCAUCGAGGUUCAAGUCGACAACGUCCCUGAACGAUCUUCAUUCUUCUACUGGUUCUUAACAAUCCUCGUCCUCGCUGCCAUCAUUCUAAUUUGUUAUCUUUUCUACAAACUCCGAGCCAACAAGAAGAUCACUAAACAGAAAGACAUACAACUAAACAUGUUAUACCUCAUGAAGCAGAACGAUCCGGGACCACUGCCUGAGAAUCUGAAACUGCUUCCCAUUGAAGAACGCGCCGACUAUCUUCGGUAUCCCGAAGAAUUUGAAAUUGCCAGAGAAAAUUUGGAAAUUUGUGAGAAAAUCGGCUCUGGAAUGUUUGGAUUUGUCAAUAAGGGAUAUUUGUCAAUGGCAGAUCCUAAAAGUCAAAUCGAGUACAAAACACGUCUUCCAGUUGCUAUUAAAAGUACAAAAAAAUCAUUUGACAUGGAGCUUCAGACAAUGUUGUUCGAAGAGUUGAAAAUCAUGUGUGCCAUUGAGAAACAUCCCAAUGUAAUUUCUCUUAUCGGUGCUGUCACGACUAACAUGAGAAAAGGAGAGUUCUAUCUUGUCACCGAAUACGCUGAUAAUGGGGAUCUUCUGAACUACUUGCGAAAACACAGAGAGACAUUUCACAAUACGCUAAUUGAUAUGGAAGAACCCGUAGUCAAUGAAAACUAUUCGGUACCAUCUCAGCAAAUCGAAUAUACCCGUCUUCUCCCUUCUAGUGAUAUUCUGUCCACAGCGGAUCUUCUAUCUUUUGCACUUCAAAUUGCAAAUGGAAUGGAGUUUUUGGCGGCUGUACCGGUAAGAAUUUUAAUAAUUUUGACGUCAUCAAACUCAUCAAUUUCAGUGUGUCCAUCGAGAUUUAGCUGCACGAAAUGUAUUGAUCACAUCCUCAAAAAUCUGCAGAAUUGCCGAUUUUGGACUUGCCAAACAAUCAAAAAUGGCAAACAAGUUACUCUUCCCGUCCGUUGGAUGGCUCCGGAGUCUGUACAAACGUAUAAAUUCACUGAAAAAACUGAUGUUUGGUCGUAUGGUAUCACACUUUAUGAAAUUUUCACGUUGGGUAACCGACCGUAUGCUCAAGUCCCAAAUGAACAACUCGAAGAAUUUUUGCGAAGUGGAAUGCGGAACGAACAACCGGAAUACUGUCAUGACGAUCUGUACGCACUUAUGAAAAACUGUUGGCACAAAUCCCCGGAUGUUCGUCCAAACUUCAACACAUGUGUCCACUACCUAAAGGCGCACCUGAAGGAAUGUGCUGGCGAGCUCCUCAACCGUGUCGACGGCCAACUUCACUUGGAGCUUGAAGAGCAGUACAAACUAGAAGAAUGGCUGAUGAAAAAUCGCCCAGACAUUCAAGGAGGAACAUUCACCAGAAAGCCAAAAAAUAAUGAAGAAGAAGAAGCACCUACCGAACGAUAUCUCAUUGUGGAAAGUUCCACUUGA